AUGACCUCCCGCGACGGAUACACAUGGACGCCCACGUCUGGCCUCGUUGCUGGAGUCCCCUCUCUCGGCGUCAUAACACCACCCACGAAUAUCGUAACCUCCGAAGCGGAGUACGAUGUCAUCGUCGUUGGCGCAGGCUACUGCGGCCUCACAGCUGCGCGGAAUGCUGCUGUCGAAGGGCUGAGAGUGCUCUUGCUCGAAGGCCGAGACCGCGUCGGAGGUCGAUCGUGGUCGUCGAAUAUUGAUGGUUAUCCAUUCGAGAUGGGAGGCACGUGGGUGCAUUGGGGUCAGGCGAAUACUUGGAGAGAGGUCGUGAGGUAUAAGAUGGCGAACGAUGUGGAGAAGUCAUUCGACUUCUCUCGUGGUGUCCGUCAUUUUGAACUGAACAUCGGCGACCAAGGCUCGACGAUGAGCCAUGAGGAUGAGGAUGCACUUCUCGCGGCAGCUUUGAACAAGUUCACGAAUGUCGAUGGAUCGUAUGGAAGAGAUGUCAUCCCUUUGCCAUACGAUACCUUCCACACACCCACUGCGACGAAACUCGACGACCUUUCCGCCCAGGACCGUAUUCAUGAGAUCGCCGGAUCGCUUUCUCCAGACGAGCGUGCCGCCCUCGAAUCGUUCGUUCUCCUGUGCAGUGGAGCCACUCUUUCGACCAUGAGCUUCCUGGAAUUCAUGCACUGGUGGGCCAUUUGUGGCUACACCUAUGCAGGCUGCAUGGACAUGCUCAUUACCUGGAAGUUCAAGGGCGGACAAUCCACGUUUGCAACCAAAUUCUUCCAGGAAGCUCUCGCAACGAAUCGUCUCGCAUACGCUUUCAACACUCCAGUCCAGCGUAUCCAGGAUACAGGCGAAAAAGUCCGGGUCACAACCCGCGAUGGCCGCCAAUACCACGCGGCCCGGCUGAUCUCGGCCAUUCCCUUGAACGUCUUGGGCGGUGUGGCCUUCGAUCCGCCCCUCAGUGCCGGUAAAAGAGCGGCCAUCGCAAAAGGCCAUGUGAAUCAGUGCACCAAAGUCCACGCAGAGAUUUCGAACCCAGAUCUCCGCUCCUGGACAGGCGUCACGUAUCCACACAACGAGCUCAUGUACGCCAUUGGCGAUGGCACGACACCUGCAGGAAACACUCACAUCGUCUGCUUUGGUGGGAGCAACAAACACUUCGAUCCCGAGACAGACAUCGACGCGACCAAACGUGUAGUCACGAGCAUGUUCGUGCAACAGAAGGCCGAGCCGGAAGUUGAGAGAUUGGUUUUCCACAACUGGUCGAAGGACGAAUUCGCAAAGGGCGCAUGGUUCUUUUCGGCACCUGGGUUCCUUGCAAAGCAUCUCGAGCAUAUGCGGGAGAGGCACGGAAAUGUGCUGUUUGCCAACUCGGAUUGGGCCGUAGGAUGGAGGAGCUUCAUCGAUGGUGCAAUAGAGGAAGGUACCAGGGUUGCUCUGGAAGUACGGGAGGAGUUGGCGAUGGCGGCGAAGGUCCACACUGCGGCGACGGCGAGGCCGUGA